CCAUUUGACAGUUGCCUAAUUUGACAACAAGAAACGGAGAAAAAAAAUAAAGGAACGAAAAAUCGAAAACAUUAUCAUUUUCGCAAGUGAAUCUAGAUAUUUUUGUGAUUUUUAUCUUCCCCCGGCGCAACCAUCCAUUGCUCAAGGUUGUAAUUGCUUGAUGUGCUAAACAGUGGACGAGUUGGACGCAGAUAUCGAACCCACAACGACUGUGGUGACUGUGCAGCAUUGUGUACUGGACGAACCCCGUAUGUAAACCAACAUACACCAGAAGGGAACACAGGUUCAUCCCAACAACAAAACGGAGGUGCACUAGCGGGCAACGAAGACGCUAGCAUUCGCCAUGGCCAAUGUACGAAUGUCCCAGCCGGGCACACCGGCCACCACCCAGCCAAACUACAUGAAAGUAUUCAUCCAGCGGGACUACAGUGAAGGCACGUCGGUAAAGUUCCAGAACCGAUUUCCGCCCGAGCUGGAGAGUAGGAUCGAUAGACACACGUUCGAGAGCACCAUGAACAAACUGAACGAGUAUUUUGCAGAGGCAGAGAAAGGAUCGUGCAGCACAUACUGCGAAGGUUGCCUGGCCUGUAUUACAGCGUACUUGAUCUACAUCUGCACGGAAACACACUACGAAAAGUGUCUCCGGAAGGUGUCAAAGUACAUCGCGAUGCAAAACGAACGGGUAUACAAUCCAAAGGGGCUGCAAAUCACGGACCCAGUGUACCGUGGGCUGCGUGUAAUAGAAAUUUCCAUACUGGAUCGGCCCGGGCGCACGUGACUGCCGCUGUCCCAUUCAACGGAGGAGUUUUUCAUGUAAGGAAGGUGUCGCGCCCGUGCGUUGCCAAAACGUGUCCUCCGGCGAAUAGGCGUGUAGGGGUUAAAAACAAAACCGCAGCAUUAGCGUGCAGCAAUCGUAUGGAAACUGAAAGAUAGAACAAAACUUCCAAUCGACGACAGCGGAGUAGGAUCGGGUGUGGGAGCCAACCCACCCCCGAAAGGACUGACGAAGGACAGAUCGACGCACGGACCAAGGACGCGCAUACACCUACGACUCUUCACACACCCCAUAGUGACAAACUAUUCCUGUAGAAAAAAGCAAAACACGUCUACGAACGAGACAACGAUACGCUACGGGGAAGAUUUAUUUCUACCACAGCGUCAGCGGGACGAUACGUCAUGUUGAAUAUGUUUAAUAGUAGCCAACCUUUUAACCCUAAGGCUCCAUACUUCGUCGUCGUCGUCGUCGCGAUUUUUCCCCCCACUUUCCAGUCAGAAUGCAGUCGGUAGUUUAAAAUCUGGUCAGCAGUUGGCCGCUUGCACUGAAACCUCAAAAACCAAAAAUCCGUGCGCCAAACGGAGAAGGGCAUUAGUGGCGCAGGCAAGACGGGCUGCGCAUAUGAAGAUAUCAUCACAUGAAUUCCAUUAUACUUAUACAAGCCUAUUCUACCUAAUACCGUAAGGAUGAGUUCAGGCUGGUGAACCGUUGGGAAAGGAUGUACAUGGCGACGACAGUGCUCUCUUUCUCUCUCUCCCUUACUUCCCCCCUGUUUGCAAUCACACCCCUGCAACCACUCCAACCGACAUGGAGUCCGGGUGGAGUUUGGGCACUAAAGCAGAUAACGAAAUGGCAGCAGAUAUGAGUCCGUUUAGUGUAUUGACAAACACGAUUCUUUUUAAAAAAAAAGCAAAUGGAAAAAGAAACACGUUAUUUCCGUUCCGUUUAGGGGUUUAGCCCCGGUUUCUUAAACACUUGUAUUGGCAUCACCCGAUCACGCUGGCGGUGGUGAGAACGGUGAGUGAAUGAUGAGCGAGUGCAACGUUAAUAGUGGGAAGGGUAUGCAUUUGUGCAGGGAGAUCAUAAUAAAUGAGACGAAAAAGAUGGUUCUAUAUUUAUCUGUA